CCAUAGAGAGGAACCCGAAGGUAAAAAAAACCGCACCAUAUGGUAAAGCAAAUUUCUUCCUGCUUGCCAAUUUUAUCUCAACGCACUGAGAACCCCUUCUACUUCUAUAUUCUACAAAUCCACCGUACAAAAACAGCCAUGCCCGGUCUCAUCGUGAAGAAGCUUCAGGAGGAUGAGUCAAUGUCUGAAGACGACUACGAUUCUGACGCCGACGACGACGACGAUGACGAUGACAAGAACGCUUGCGCCAUAGAGGAGCGAUUGGCUAAUAUUGAGAGGAUGCAUAAACAGAUAUGGCUAGUAAUAGAAACUAAAGCCAAGGAUAAGGGCAUAAAUAUUACAGAGAUUCUAGCUCAGUUUCCAGUGGGUCUGUCCGCGUCCCAUGAGCUUGGCCCGACUCCUACUCAAGAGUCAUCCAUAGAGGAGCAAUUGACUAACUUUGAGAUGAAGUGGAGGCAUACCUUGCUAGUAAUUGAAGUUGUAUUCAAGGCUAUGGGCACUGAUGGUACAGAGAUUCUAGCCAAGCUAGCCGAGGUUCGAGCGAGUCUGUCCAGGUCCGAUGAGCAUGCCCCGACUCCCACUCCCACCACUGAUGCCCCAACUCAGGUAGUUGAGGAUGUUGUUGCUGAUCAGAAGACGGUGUUGAAUGAUACCACUGUGGAUAUUGGAAUAUCUCUGCCUGAUUCCACCUUUUCUCCACCUACUCUGGCACCUGUUGUUUCUGCCGUUGAUGUUCCUCCUGUUUUUAUUGGAUCUAAUGCUGCUACUACUGCUGAUGCCCCUAAUUCAGCUGUGUAUCCAGCUCCUGCUUCUUUUGCACCUGGUAUUACUACUGCUGCUGGUUCUAUCUCGACAUUGGUUAUCCCACCAGCUGAGGCGGGAGAUACACCUAUGCCAGACGCAGCUGCUAGAGGGAGUUCUCUUCACCGUACUUGAUUUUAUUUCGCGUGCAUCGGGCACUAUUUACAAUUUUAAUUGUGGGGUGGGGGAACUAAAUUUUAGUGGAUGAUUGUAAUUAAUUGACUAACCCUUCUUCUGGCGAAAAAUGGCGUUCCUGACAAAAAAUUGGAACUAGGAUGCAUGAUGCUAAUAGCACUACUAAUAUAGUAAACUUUUUGUUAGUUCCCCCAUGUAUGUUUUGAAGGUACUAAUAGCAUUAUUUUGUGUACCGGGCGCUACAGAAAAUGCCCUAUUUUAUCUA